CAGCAUUGGUACGCAAGGUCACUCACACCACUCACCAUACAUCUCGCAGUGAUGGACUUUCUCAAGGCAGAGAUCGCAAAUAAGAAGCGCAAGCUAGAGUCAGGGGGUCAAGCGUCGCCUGCCAGCGACAGGCACGGAGAAGCCUCCACCUCCAAGUCGGCCUCGCCUGCCGCUUCUCCUGCACCCAACAAGUACCUACGGAGGGGGGAAGUGGAGCGGCAGAGGUUGAGGGAGCAAGAGGAAGAGCAGCGGAGGGUGAGGGAAGAGAACAGGAGGGCGAGACAAGGCGCUGGGAAUAGUCAAGGUGAUGCAGAUAGAGCUAGGAAGGUCGGUUCUCCAGCAGCGAAUGGAAACGAAGAUGAAUCAUCGACCGUAUCUACCUCGGCAGCGGCUCUGAAAGCAGCCCACCAAGCAAUAGCGGAUGCCCAGCAAGAAGCAGACUCAGCCGCCACCUCUACAAGUGUGCCUCACACAUUUAACAUCUCCCCACAAGAAGCUACACGUCGUCUGAGAGCCAAGGGCGAACCCAUUAGGCUCUUUGGAGAGACAGACAAGGAGACGCGGCUGAGACUUCGAGCUCUGGAGCUCAUCGAGGAGAGGGGGGAGCGCUUUGGUCAAAAUGACUUUAUGCGGGCCUUGGCGGGUGCUGAGUCUGGUGUGAGCUUGGAACAGCUCGAGAGGGAGAGGGUGCAGAGGGAGAAGGAGGUCAAGGCUGCCAAAGAGGGAGGGGACAAGGACGAUGCCAAGGAGGGAGAGGAAGAAGGCGAUGGCGGGAAAAAGAGCUCGCGGAGAACGGGCGAGGGGAUUGGCAUGGAGUCCUUGCUGGAUCUUGGUCUGAUCAGAAAGGACAUGAUGAAGGUCUACCCUAUCAUCUACUACACGCUGAAAGGCUUGCUCGAGGAGUGGGGAAAGAGCCUCGCAGAUCGACCCAUCGAAGUGAAGAUGACAACAGCAGGCAAGACGGCCUCUGCCAUCCAAGUGCAGUCCUCCGAGUACCUCAAACCCCUCUUCAAGUCCCUCCGCAAUCGUUCUCUCCCACCAGACGUCCUGAUGCGCAUUGCUGAGAUCGUACACUUUGUGCAAAAGAGGGAGUAUAGACAUGCGAAUGAUAGCUACCUGCAGUUGAGCAUCGGCAAUGCCCCGUGGCCCAUUGGUGUCACGAUGGUCGGCAUUCACGAGAGGAGUGGACGAGAGAAGAUCUUCGCAAGUAACGUGGCGCAUGUGCUCAACGACGAAGUCAGCAGAAAGUACAUUCAGUCUCUGAAAAGACUCAUGACCUUUGCCCAGACGAAGUACCCUCCCUCGGACGUAAGCAUGCUCAUGGGCUGAGCACAGCGUCGUGUACCAUCUUUGCUCUCUGUCACCUUGUAUUACGAAAAUUAUCACGAUCACUAUCAGUC